CUCUGCACCUGCUCCCCAGGGACUUCCUGCACUGCAAGUGGGCAGACAGCGCACUGAGGAAGAUCUCUAGACAGAAGGAAUCUGCUUACCAGCAUGAGCUGGCUUCUUCUGAAGGUUUUGUUGGUGGGAGUGAGCUUCUCUGGAUUUCUUUACCCUCUUGUGGACUUAGGUAUCAGUGGGAAAACAGUGGGCCAGAAACCAAAUAUAGUGAUCAUUUUGGCUGAUGACAUGGGAUGGGGUGACCUGGGAGCAAAUGGGGCCGAGACCAAGGACACUGCCAACCUGGAUAAGAUGGCUUCGCAAGGGAUGAGGUUUGUGGACUUCCAUGCAGCUGCCUCGACCUGCUCGCCCUCCCGAGCCUCCCUGCUCACCGGCCGGCUGGGCCUUCGUAACGGAGUCACACACAACUUUGCAGUCACAUCUGUGGGGGGCCUUCCGCUCAACGAGACCACCUUGGCUGAGGUGCUGAGACAGGCUGGCUAUGUCACCGGCAUGAUAGGUAAAUGGCAUCUUGGGCACCAUGGCUCUUAUCACCCCAACUUCCGAGGUUUUGAUUACUACUUUGGGAUUCCGUACAGCCAUGAUAUGGGGUGUACGGAUACCCCGGGCUAUAACCACCCUCCUUGUCCGGCAUGUCCACUGGGCGCUGGCUUAUCCAGGAGCCUGGAGAAGGACUGUUACACGGAUGUGGCCCUUCCUCUCUAUGAAAACCUCAACAUCGUGGAGCAGCCUGUGAACCUGAGCAGCCUUGCAGAGAAGUAUGCAGCGAAGGCAGCCGAGUUCAUCCAGCAGGCAAGCGCCAGUGGAAGACCCUUCCUGCUCUACGUGGGCCUGGCCCACAUGCAUGUACCCUUACCUGCGACCCAGCCAUCGGCAAACCCAGGGAGCCUAAGUCCAUACCGUGCUGCUCUUCGGGAGAUGGACCAUCUGGUGGGACAGAUUAAGGACAAAGUGGACCACACAGCAAGAGAAAACACAUUCCUCUGGUUUACAGGUGACAAUGGGCCAUGGGCUCAGAAGUGUGAGCUGGCAGGCAGUGUGGGUCCCUUCGCCGGACUGUGGCAAACCUAUCAAGGGGGAAGUCCAGCCAAGCAGACCACCUGGGAAGGCGGCCACCGGGUCCCAGCACUGGCUUACUGGCCUGGCCGAGUCCCAGCCAAUGUCACCAGCACUGCUUUGUUAAGUGUGCUGGACAUUUUUCCCACUGUAAUAGCCCUAGCAGGGGGCAGCUUACCCCAAGACCGACACUUCGAUGGACUGGAUGUCUCUGAAGUACUGCUGGGCCGGUCGCGGAGGGGGCACAGGGUGCUGUUUCACCCCAACAGCGGGGCGGCUGGGGCGUAUGGAGACCUGCAGACCGUCCGCCUGGAGCAGUACAAGGCCUUCUACGUUACAGGUGGAGCCAGAGCUUGCGACGGAAGCAUCGGGCGUGAGCAGCACCACCCACUUCCCCUCAUUUUCAAUCUCCAAGAUGACGUGGCCGAAGGUACACCCCUACCCAGAAGGGGUGCUGCCUACCAGGCCGCGCUGCCCCAGAUCCACAAGGCUCUCGAGGCUGUCCUUCAAGACAUUGCUAGUGACAACACCUCCAGGGUGGACUAUACUCAGGACCCGUCUGUCACUCCCUGUUGUAAUCCCUACCAAAUCGCCUGCCGCUGCCAGAUCUCCUAGCACACCAUUGUGCCCCCCAGGAGCAAUGUUGGGGGAGCUAAGCAUGUUUUUUUAGCCUUUCUCUUUCAAAAUAAGGGUCAGAAUUUGGGUUGGGAGAUGCCACGUGGUCUCUCUCUCCCCUGCCCUGUCCCUGUCCCUGCUGUCUCUUCUCCAUGGGGCUAGAGGGACUUCCUGAGCAGCGUGGGUUCUGGGGCAAAGGGCCAGGCUCCAGAUCUGAAAUGUGGGCACCGUUAUUUAACCCUUCUUUGCAAGGUGGUUUGGGAAUGUCCCUUGUGUAUGUAUUAUCUGACACCGAACAGAUACUUUGUCAUGUUCCCAGGUUCACUUAUCUUUUUAGCAGAAAUGAAUAGUCAAUAUUAUGUAGAGCAGAUCAUCACCACCUUUCCUUUAUUUUUGACUAUACUGAGGCUUGAGCUUGUGAAGCAGGUGUUCUACCACUUGAGCCACACCCUCAGCCCUUACUUCAUUUUUUUAAACCUUGGGCCUCCCAUGUUUUGGUUCAGGGCUAGGCUUCAGACCAUGUUGCUCCCACCGAUGCCUGCCACAUAGCUGAGAUGAAAGGUUCUAGCCACCUGUGCCCUGCCCCCUGACUCAGAUGGGGUCUCACUAAUCUCUUCCCAGGCUGGCCUCAAACCUCAAGCCUCCCAAUCUCUGCCUCCUGAGCAUGAGCAGCUGGGAUUAUUGGUGUGAAUGACCCCACCUGCUCUGAUUCUCAGAUACUGCCAGAUAUGUGAAUUGAAAAAAACAACAACAACACACCUAUCAUCUAUGUUUAUAAAUCACCUGGGAUCUUGGGAAACUACAAAUCCUAGCUCAGCAGGCCUAGAGGAAGGACUGAGAGCCUCCAUUUCUAGCAAGUUCC